AUGUAUCAAUUACCAUCAGCACUCCUCCACUCAGUUCGGGGGUUGGGACUUCUUUACUGGACCCCGCAGUUCCACCGGACAUUUUCCCAUGGCAUCCAUCAGGUAGCAGAUUCAGCACUACCACUCCUUAACCAGCGCGCACUAAUAACCGGCGGCACUCGCGGCAUCGGACUUUCUAUCGCAAAAGCACUUGCUAGUGCUGGUUGUUCUUGCAUACUCGUUGGCCGUGAUUCUGCCACACUCUCAAAAGUCCAGCAUGAACUUGCGAUGCCGGGGGGUGCUGAGAAACAUGGAGUUCUUGCCGGUGAUGUCAAGGAACGUAGUUUCUGGGAUGAAGUUAAGAAGGGUUAUACAGACCUAGAUAUCCUCGUAAACGCCGCUGGAAUUACGCAUAACUCGUUGCUGAUAGCAAUGAAGUAUGAUACGAUUGACGAAGUGGUCAAUACGAACCUAUUGGGUAGCAUAUACGGCUGCAGGGCUGUAUUGAAGAAUAUGGUGCGGCGGAAGGGAGGUAAAAUUAUCAACAUAUCCUCGGUUCUAGGCUCCCAUAAGGGUGGUAAGGGGUCCGCUGCAUACGCUGCCAGCAAAGCCGGUGUUCUUGGCCUCACAAAAGCUCUCGCAGAUGAGUACGGCGCCCACAAAAUCCGCGUCAAUGCUAUUCUUCCUGGAUAUAUAAAAACGGACAUGACGGAUGCAAUGUCAAAGGAAGCUUCAGAAAUAGCAUGGAGUCAGAUACCCAUGAAGCGUUUUGGGGCUUCGGAAGAUGUGGCACAUGCGGCACUGUUUCUGCUGACAAAUGAGUACUCAAAUGGCAGUGAGGUAGUUGUCGAUGGAGGACUUUCAACCUUCUAG